AUAAGAUGAGUUUAAAGCAGAAGAUGAAGGAGCCCGAGGAAGCUGGCCGGGAGACACCCUCCACCACUGUCCCCAUGGUCACUGUCCCGCAGAUACCCUCUUACAGGUUGAACAAGAUCUGUAGUGGUCUGUCCUUUCAGAGGAAAAACCAGUUCAUGCAGCGGCUUCACAACUACUGGCUGUUGAAACGGCAAGCUCGGAAUGGUGUGCCCCUCAUCAGGCGCCUGCACUCCCACUUACAGUCCCAGAGAAACGCUGAGCAGCGGGAGCAGGACGAGAAGACAAGCGCGGUGAAGGAGGAGCUGAAGUACUGGCAGAAACUCCGGCAUGACCUGGAGCGGGCCCGGCUGCUGAUCGAGCUCAUCCGCAAACGGGAGAAGCUGAAGCGGGAGCAGGUCAGGGUGCAGCAGGCUGCCAUGGAGCUGGAGCUGAUGCCAUUCACAGUUCUGCUGAGGACAACUCUGGACCUGCUGCAGGAGAAGGACCCUGCACACAUCUUUGCUGAACCUGUCAGCCUGAGUGAGGUUCCAGAUUACCUGGAAUUCAUAUCCAAGCCAAUGGAUUUUUCUACUAUGAGGCGGAAGCUGGAAUCUCACCUGUACCACACCUUGGAGGAGUUUGAGGAGGACUUUAACCUUAUAGUUACCAACUGCAUGAAGUAUAAUGCUAAAGACACAAUUUUCCACCGAGCAGCUGUCCGCCUGCGGGACCUGGGAGGGGCCAUCCUGCGGCAUGCCCGUCGGCAGGCAGAGAACAUCGGCUAUGAUCCCGAGAGGGGCACCCACUUGCCCGAGUCACCCAAAUUGGAAGACUUUUACCGAUUCUCCUGGGAGGAUGUGGAUAACAUCCUCAUCCCAGAGAACCGGGCCCACCUGUCGCCAGAGGCGCAGCUGAAGGAGCUGCUGGAGAAACUGGACCUGGUGAGCGCCAUGCGGUCCAGCGGGGCCCGCACCCGUCGGGUCCGCAUGCUACGCAGGGAGAUCAAUGCCCUUCGGCAAAAGCUCGCACAGCCAGCGCCAACACAGCUGCUGUCAGUGACCAAGACAGUGUCCAAUGGGGAGCUGCCAGCGGGACCUCGGGGGGACGCAGCUGUGCUGGAGCAGGCCUUGCAGGAAGAGCCAGAAGACGAUGGGGACAGAGAUGAUUCCAAAUUGCCUGCUCCACCAACCCUGGAGCCUACCGGGCCUGCACCAUCCUUGUCUGAACAGGAAUUCCCCCCAGACCCCCCCACCCUGAAACCCAUCAGUGACAGCAAGCCUUCAAGCCGGUCCCUAAAGUCCCGGAAGGUGGAAGAUGAUGAGCUCUUGGAGAAAUCAGCCCUGCAGCUGGGGAGCGAGCCCUUGCGAUGCUUGCUCAGUGACAAUGGCAUUGAUAGACUGUCUCCCGUGAACCCUGACAGCCCUCCUGGUACCCCCCUCAGUGGGGUGGGCCGCCGAACAUCAGUCCUCUUCAAGAAGGCCAAGAAUGGGGUUAAGCUGCAGAGGAAUCCAGACGGGACCCUGGAGAAUGGCGAGGACCACGGUGCGGUCGGCUCUCCUGCCUCUCCAGCCAGCACGGAAGAUGAGCACUGUUCCAGGAAGCGGCCAAGGAGCAGGGGCUGUAGUGACAGUGAAGGGGCCAGGUCCCCUCAGCAGGAGGAAGAGCCAGGCGUGACUAACGGCUUCGGAAAACACCCCGAAAGCGGGUCUGACUCGGAAUGUAGUUUGGGUCUCAGUGGAGGACUGGCGUUUGAAGCUGGCAGCGGUCUGACACCUCCCAAACGCAGCCGUGGGAAGCCAGCCCUGUCGCGAGUGCCCUUCCUGGACGGUGUGAAUGGAGACUCGGACCACAGUGGCUCAGGCAGAAGCCUCCUGAUGCCCUUUGAAGACUGCGGAGACCUGGAGCCCCUGGAGCUGGUGUGGGCCAAGUGCCGAGGCUACCCCUCCUACCCUGCCUUGAUCAUCGAUCCCAAGAUGCCCCGGGAGGGCCUCCUGCACAAUGGUGUCCCCAUCCCUGUCCCUCCACUGGACGUGCUGAAGCUGGGCGAGCAGAAGCAAGCAGAGGCUGGAGAGAAGCUCUUCCUUGUCCUCUUCUUUGACAACAAACGCACCUGGCAGUGGCUUCCAAGGGACAAAGUCCUGCCUCUGGGUGUGGAGGACACCGUGGACAAACUCAAGAUGUUGGAAGGCCGCAAGACCAGCAUCCGCAAGUCUGUGCAGGUGGCCUAUGACCGUGCGAUGAUCCACCUGAGCCGAGUACGUGGACCCCACUCCUUCGUCACUUCCAGCUACCUGUAAGAGUGGAACUGGGCCUGUGUCUGCCUGCUUUGCCUCUCCUCUGCCCCUGAGGCACGAGAAGCCUCUUCUGCCCUUGCCAAGUGUCUGGCUGGCAGCUUCUUUCUCAUGGCAGGCCCUGACUGGACUGGGUCUCCAAGGGCAAGGCCCAGUAUUGACCAAUCAUGUGGUUCCCCUGGAGGGCCGCUGUGUGCCAAAAACUCCCACCCGAGGUCCCUGGGGAUAUUCCCCCGAAGAACCACUUAGAAGCAGAAACAGCUGAGAGUCUUGGCCAGCCAGGGAGGUGGACCUGGCCCACAGGGCAGGAGGUCCUAGGCUGCUUUUCUGGGGCCAACUGCUCCUCCAUGCCUCUCCCAGCUAACCAUACCUCAGGGCAGGCAAGGUUCUGACACUGAUCCCAGAGAUGUGCCAGGGUCCCUCGGGAACCCACUGAGCUCCCCUUCCCCCCACAUCACCCAUCCUCACCCAGCCCAGGCUCUCCUUCCCACAUUGCUCUCCUUUCCCCCUCGUGCCAAACUGACAGCAACAUCACCAAAUUGAUCUUUCUCUCUGCCCACGUCCUUCCUGGCCAGCUGCUAUGUUCAAUAGGUGUCUGCAGGCGCCCGAGCCCCAGGUAGACCCCCCCACACCCACAGACUUCCACUUGUACUGCUGACAUGCCUUGCCCAGCCGCACGCGCAUGCCCCAUGGAGGGAGUGGGCUUCCUGCCCUCCCUCCAUCUUGCAGAGGGGUGCUGAGGGUGGGACCCUGCCCGUGCACUCGGCUGGAUGGGUACUGAGGGUGGCACAUGCCCUUCUCGUGGGCUUCUCUCUUCCUGCAGCAGACAUAAGCCUUAUUGCAUCCCGUCACCGCAGGGGGCAUGGGCUGCCCUCCAGCACCCUCCCCUCCCCUGGCUCUGCUGCUCCUGCUUCCCAGAGCCUUUUUCUUUCAUGCCCUGCCUUCAACCCCUCC